GGAGUCUGUGGCGCUGCUGUCGCCUUCUGCUGCUUUGGUUGCGUCGCACCGCGACGAGAAGCAGUUGAUGGUUUUGAGGCUGCCAGACCUCGAGGCCCUUCACGUUUUGGACAUAAACGCCGCAUGCUGCUGCGGCCCGCAAGAAUCGCCUGCGCCUGCCGUGCCUGCAGAAGGCUCAGACGAAGCGUCCAGCAGCAGCAGCAGCAGCAGCAGCAGCAGCAGCAUUGUGAGCAAGGCAGCUGUGGACGAGGGGGUCUUCACCACACAGUUUUAUUGCUGCCGAGUUGCUGCGCUGCCAGAAGGCCGAGUUGCUGCUUGCUGCGGCGGCAACCGCAACCAGCUGAGGUGUUUCAUUCAAUUCUCUUUUGCUGCUGCUGCUGCUGCUGCUGCUGCUGCUGCUAUCUUUGGCUCUGCUGGCGCCCACAGCUCUCUCUGUGUGCUUCUUUUGUCUUUUGGUGCUUAA